AUGGAUCCCGACUCCUCCCCCACAACCCCACCUCCCUCCCCCUCAAUAUGGCGCUGGGUAAUCGGAUUCCUCAUGGUCGGCAUGUGCUGGGGACUGACAACCCCCUUUAUGCGCAAAGCCGCAGUCCUUCGAGACUCUCAAAAAUCCCAACAACCGCAUUCGAACUCGAAUUCAAAUAACAAGAAUAUCUCCUCUUGGCCAAAAAGAAAACUUCUAGCAAUUUGGUACGCAGUGAAAGAUUUACUGCAGAAUCCCAAAUAUGCGAUUCCGUUACUCUUGAAUGUCACGGGGAGUGUAUGGUUUUUUUUGUUGAUUGGGCAGGCUGAAUUGAGUUUAACGGUACCCAUUACAAACUCUUUGGCAUUUUUAUUUACAGUGUUGGGGGAAUGGUGGGCGGAUGGAAAGGUGAUUUCAAGAGAUACGUGGAUUGGAAUGGGGUUUGUACUCGGCGGGAUUGCCUUGUGCGUUCAUAGUAAAACCUCAUAG